CGGAAAAGGAUUUAAUAUAAAGUUAUUAUUCAAUAUAUGAAUCUUUGAAUUUCAUGGACCACGAAAUUCAUCUGUGAUUGCAGUGCAUCGCAGUAAGUGGCAAUGGGUCUUUAAACCUCUGCAUAGGACUCAAGCUACUUGGGCUAUUGACUAGCAGACUAUUUUGGCUUUGGGUCUAAGUUAAUUUGAAUUUGCGCAUUUAGAAGCAUUACAGCUUUUUCUUUUCUCAUCAUAGAUGUGGGUUUGUGGGGGGAAAUGCCAGCCAGUUCAUAAGAGCUGGCAUAAAAAAUAAAUCACUUUUAUUCAAGAGUCUAGUAGUUCUAGCGCUUUUGCACUAAUUGCACUACCACUGCAUUUAAUAUUCUAUGCACAAUGCUCAACUCACAUGUUGAUUUUUAUGGAGGGAGGAAACAGGAGAACCUGGAGAAAACCCUAAUAGCAUAGGAGUGAACAACACUUCAAACAAACUCAUUUCACAUGUGGCAACCACAGGGCUCAAACCAGCAACCUGACCCAUAGGACUCACAGCGGCCAAAAACAAACUCCACCCAUGCUACCCAUGGUUAUUGCUUUUGUUGUUAUGACUGUGGGUUUGUCCUGAGGACCAUACUCAUGACCGUGACAGUGGUGUUGGGAAGUGGCCUACUAAAACCACCUCACAGACAGACACUACUGAAGAGAGAAAGGGAGAUCUUUGUUUUUACCAGACAAAAUAAGUAAACAGUAGCGUUCCUUUCCUAUUCCCUAGACAGAACAGAAUCAAAUCUUACAGUUUGUGUCUUUUCACCGAGCAAUAGCUUUCUUUUGUUCCAUGUUCGACCAGCUGUGGUUAGUUUCCAUGGAUACGAUCUUUAUUUGCAUAAUCGGUUCACGGCGGUUAGGCCUUUUCGCUUUUUGAUCGACAGCUCUUACUCAUUCAAACAAGCAAACUUCACACAGCAUUUCUUCGCCUUGGAGAUUCAUUGGCAGUAGAAACGAAAUUUAACUUUUAGAAUCCAUUAUGGAACGGUCAAAACAACUCAAAAACGAAGAGAAAAGAACAGGCAACAGAAAUAUAAUAUACACCGUCGUAAACAAUGGCUCGCUUCGUGACAGAGAGGUUCCAGAGGGAUUCCGUACUGUUUUCAUCGAAACUGGAUACAGAAAGCCUGGUUUGUCGGCAAAAGGCUGCUUGAUGAGUGUCUUUGAACGUAACAACGAAACCAUAAACGUAUGGAGUCAUGUGAUCGCACUAGUUUUGUUCUUGGUACGUUUCUACUAUGUAUUUCAUCGCAUUGAAAUAGCCGGCCCUUGRUCCUAUCCUUUAACGACCUUUGCCAUCGGUAUCGGUGCCUUGAUGGCUAUAAGUUCGACUGCACACCUCUUUAACUGUAUCUCGCUAUCUUAUCAUCAUAUUGGGUUUUAUCUGGACUAUGCUGCUAUAUGUGUGUACAGUUUCAGCGGCGCACAGGCCUUCUUCUUCUACUCACGACCUGCUAACACGAGUGUGUUUCUGCUCAAGUUGCCUAAUGCCUUCAUUUUCUUGACAGCAUCAAUGUCCAUGAUAUGUACGUUUAUCUGUUGUCUCUCAAGACAACAAUGGAGAAAGAAAGGCCACAUUAUUCGUACUAGUUUAUUUAUUAUUUAUUUUGUGAUUGUAACUUUUCCUUUUACAUACCGUGUUGUAGAAGGAACGGUCGCGGGAGAACCCGACUCGGAUUCGGUACAUUAUUUUAUCAGGCACGUUAUGACAUAUUUCAUCAGUGCUACAGUUAAUAUGUUUAAGAUACCAGAGAGACAUUGCCCAGGACUUUUUGACUUUUUCGGUCAAAGUCAUCACUUUUUGCAUGUAUUCGCUGCAUUGGGCGCGUCUGAUGCAUUUACUGCUGUAUAUAUAGAUAUGAAAAAUCGUCACCAUGUCUUGGUUGAUAAUACUCGGCCCGAUUUUUUCAAUACCUGGUUUAUAUUUCUUGUUGUCGUUGUUAUUAAUUUAGCCAUCGUUUAUUGGUUUGCAAAAUCCCUUUUAAAAGAAGAAAGAAGAAAGACUUUAUAAAGUAUGCACCUUUUAAAAGAUAUUUUUAAAGCUGUUCUUACUAAAAACUGUUCUUACUGCAUGAUGGCAAGUGAAGUGAACUAGUUAAUUUUGUCUUGCUGAUAGUUACUACUGUCGCACUUGAUAGAUAGUAAAGUAUUUAUCAUUAAAAAAAUAUUAAAUAUCGAAUAAAACUGUGGAGAAUGCUAGAUAUAGGUAAGGGGUAGUUAACCAAAACAGUUUUAAUGUGCUUCUUCCCCCACUAGAUGCAGUUGGCUAAACACAUGUCAGUAGUAGCUUUGACGUCAAUACAGUUUUACUUUACCAUUAAAGAUCGUAUGUUUUAA